UUUUUAGCAAGACCCCACCCUUUUGGUCCCAACUUUUGGCGUGGUAUAAAAGAAUUCGAAUUUAACAAGAUCAACAUAGUCAGGAACUUCCAAGUCCAGAUCAAACAUAUUCAAACAUGUUCGCCAAGAUCGCAAUUGUCGCCUGCUUUUUGGCAGUAGCCAACGCUGGAUUCGUUCAAUAUCAACCGGCAGCGUUGACAGCGACUCAGGAUAAUAUUUUACGAAGCCCAGGAAAUUUAGCUCAAAUUUCAACUCAAAGUAAAACAAUUCAAACACCAUUUUCAAGUAGCAGCAAAUCUGAUAUUCGCGUAAGCAAUCCAGCUUAUGUUGCUCACACUGCACCAGUUUAUGCUGCUGCACCAAUUGCCCAGACAUACGCCGCUGCUGCUCCAAUUGCCCAUACAUACGCCGCUGCUGCUCCAGUUGCUCAUACCUACACCGCUGCUGCUCCAGUUGCCCAUGCUGCACCCGCUAGUCUUCUUGGUGUUGCCUACAGUCCAGCUGUUGCCGUUUCUCACAUGUCCUACAGCAGUCCAAUUGGUGUCUACAGUUGGUGAUUUUUUUUUUUUCAAAAAAUAUUUUCAAUCAGUUCAAAAAAUGGUAAAAAAAAAAAAAACUCCCCCGUAUAAUAAAUUGUAAAUAAAAUAUGAUAAAAUUAAACAAGCUUAUUUGACUAUAA